AUGACAUUCGAUACCGUGAAUCAAUCUGUGGAUCGAGCCAAUGGGAAAACAAUGGAGCAGGAUGUCGAAACAGCGGCAAGAGUGAACGAACCCCAGAACAGCAGCAACGUCACAGAACAGAAUGAAAAUGCACAUAAUAGUAACAAUGGCAACAUGAAAGCAACACUCCUCAGCAGCUUCCCAGUGGAAAAGCUUGCUUCGUUGAAUGCAAAAAUUUCCAACUCCCGAUGGGUGGUGCCCGUGUUACCGUCUCAGGAGUUGGAUUGUCUGCUCGAUGCAGCGAUCCAAUUAUCGAUUGCGGGUCUGGACGGGGAUAGCGAACCGUGCGUGCGCUUCUACCAGAAUGAGUUGGCCACCUCAUUUAUCAAUAUCCUUACGGACGAGGCGGUCAUGUCGUGGAAGAACAACAUACACGUGUGCAUCUUUAAGUCAUGCUGUAAAUUCCUACGUCUCGCCUCACUUCACAUAGAGCGUGAUAAUCAGCCACUGCUCGAGCUUUUGGCGAUCGUGUUCGAUCCGGAGAACAAGUUUCAUGUACACAAUAUUGCACGGCAACCUGAAAACCUGACAGUGGUCGCAUCGCCAGCGCAGCCCUCGGUUAAUACGUUGGUGAAUCCGGUUACCACUUCUUCGUCGUCGUCAUCCUCAUCUUCGUCGUCGUCGUCGUCAUUGCCCGAUAGCAGUGAUAACAGCAGUGCUGGCGUGACAACCGCCAGUAGUACCAGCGCACCUGCGCCGGCCGCUACCAAGCAGCAGGAAGAGGUGAUGGUUUGCUUUGCGAAACUUCCCGGCGAAACUAAAAGCCCGCGCGGGUGGCUUCUUAAUUUUAUCAAUCAAUUCGGAGUUCAUGGUGGGUUCGACAAUCUGCUCAAACGUCUGACGGUGGCCAUCGAGCAGCAGCUGGUGCCUCAACAACAACGACACACAACCGAGUCGGAUAGCGGAGGUGGUGUUGAUGAACGGAGUGGAAGAAUGUCGCUGCAACUGCUGUACGCUCUGCUGCGCCCUUUCGGUCUGUGCGCCGAGUAUCUGGCCGCGGAGACAAUUGAACGUUUCCUGCUACCUGGUUGCCGGUUCGUGCUGAGUGUACUGGAAGGGCUGACGGACGUUGAACUGAAGCGGGAGGUGGUGUUCGAGGGUAAAAACGAUUUCAUAACAGGCAUCGUGAAGUUUAGCCGAGCCUUGUUGACCCGCAUCUCCGGCCAGGAGAGCCUUUUGAAUGAGCUGGAAAUGGCGCGGCUGAAGAUUAUAUUGCGCGUGCUGCAAAUAUCGAGCUUCAACGGCAAAAUGAAUGCACUGAACGAGAUUAACCGUGUGCUAAGCUACGUUUCCAUCUACCCGCACCGGGGAUUGAUCGCCGAAGAGGAAGGCGGUGAUCUUCUAAGUGCCAGCAAAAUGGCGCAAUGGAUCCGCACCAACCGGGUGCUGGCGAUCGUGCUGAAGGAUUCACUACACCAGUCGCAGUACGUGGAGAAGCUGGAGAAAAUAUUGCGUUUUUUGAUCAAAGAGAAGGCUCUCACUUUUGACGAUCUGGACGCGGUGUGGAGUGCCCAGGAGGGCAAGCACGAAGCGAUCGCCAAGAAUGUGCAUGACCUGCUGGCUAAACUGGCGUGGGAUUUCAGCGCCGAUCAAUUAGAUCAUUUGUUCCGGUGCUUUCAGACAAGCAUGCAGCGGUCUGGGAACCGGAAACAGCGUGAACGGCUGCUGGAGCUAAACCGUCGUUUGGCGGAGGAUGACAAGAAUGGUAUGAUGGCGCAGAAGGUGCUGAAUAUGUUCUGGAACUUGGCACACAGCCCGGACACACCACUCGAAGUACUUGAGCAGGCACUCCAGUCGCACGUAAAAAUUCUCGACUAUAGCUGCUCGCAGGAACGUGAUGCACAGAAGGGUAUUUGGUUGGUGAAAUGCGUAGAAGAGUUGCAAGGACGCGAUGAAUGGGUACUGCCUGCGUUGCGGUUGAUACGCGACAUAUGCUCACUGUACGAUACUACACCAAAUCACACACCGCGCAUGCAUCACACCAUGAACCGGCAGAAGAUCAUUGAUCAGCUGCAAAACGAACACAAAUUGGUAAUUCUGGUGACGAACAGUUUAACAGGGUACAUGAACCGUGUCCGGGAGCUGGUGGCUGCCGAUCCUGCACUGAAACCGGCUAAGCUUCGCUUGGAUGGGCGGUAUGCGCAUCCACAGCAGUUGCAGGAACGAUUGGACUUCUUGAAGUUUCUACUGAAGGACGGCCAUCUGUGGUUGUGUGCAGAUCAGGCAAAGCAGAUCUGGAAUGCCCUGGCCGUGCACGCGGCCUUCGUCAGUGAUCGCGAGGAGUGUUUCCGCUGGUUUAGCAAAUUAAUGGGCGAAAACCCGGAUCUGGACCCGGGGAUUAAUCGGGACUUCUUCGAAAAUAAUCUGCUAAAGCUUGACCCGGUGCUGCUCACCGAGGGCGGCGUCAAAUGUUUCGAGCGUUUCUUCCGUGCCGUCAAUACGAAGGAAGAUCGAUUGAUGUCUAUGGCCAAAGUUCACGCGCAUCAUCAUCAUCACCAGCAUCGGGGCUCAGCUUACGGUUAUGGCGAAGAACUCAUCGGCAAAGACUAUCUGUGGCGGGUGAUUACCAAUGCGCCGGAGCAGAUCGCAAACCGGUCGAUUGGUAUAUUGAAUGAAAUGGUCACUGCCGUCGGACCGCGAACGACUAUAACCGAUUUGCAGGAUUAUCAUGAAACCUUCAUCGAGGAGUGCUGUGAGAAGCUACGAGCCACUCAUCAGAGCAUCGAAUUGCUAACGCAGUUCUCUACCGUGAACCAGGAGAAACAGGAACAAGUGGAAGAGGGGUGUAAGAAAAGUGAGUGCAACAUCCCAGCCCAGGCGUUGGGCGGGUGCGGAGACACCGAAACGUACAGUGACAUCGAACGCAAGAAAAUGGCCCUUGCGGAGCAGAUGUGUCGCAUAGUGCGCACGUUGUACGAGUAUAUUCGCGAGUGCGACCGAAAGUUCGUGAGCGAUCGUUACGAUCUGCCGCUUGGCCAAUUUGUUCGUGGCCGACACAUCGAGCUAUUGAUAAAGUUCCAAACACCAGGGCGCCAAUUGGACGACGUGGAGGUGCUUAGCCACAGCAACGAAACGAUGCACUCGCUGAAGCGCAAUUUAUUGCGGCGCAUAAAGGCAUUGAAGGCAAACGAAAUUCGGGUUGAUCUGUACGACAACGUGACCGGAGAGUUGGUGGUGGUGCCAGACGAGCAGCAAACGUUGGCAUUCUAUGGCAUACGAGACAAAAUGUCACUAAGUGCUAAGCUAACACCCAUUACUUCUGGUUUGAUGACCACCGGAUCGCCGGAUAGUUCGAGUGAAAGCAGCUCAGGGUCACCGCCUCGUAACUAUGUCGAUGCAGUGAAGCACCAGCAACAGCUCGGUCACCCCGGAUUGGUUCAGCAACAGCAUCAAGCACAGUCCCAACUACACCCCAACUAUGCUCCUCAACAGCAGGCCCAGUUGCAGCCAGGAACGUUACCACAACAAGGACAAGCCUUCCAUUCGCACCUAUUUUUGCAUCCAGCGUCGGAACCGGAAGAUACGCUGCCGGGUGUUCUAAUCGCUCAAAAGCCGCAAUAUAUCGACUUUUUCCUCAAGUUGUACCACCUGGCGAGCGAGUUGAAGGACGGUGGUCGUGUGCUGGAUAGCGUCCGUUUGCUGCUUCAUCUAUUGCCUUUGGACCGCCAAACGAUGGCCACUCUUUACGAGCUGUUGGCCACAGUGAAACGGCAGAAGGGGAAAGAGGGAGGAUUGCACAAGGAUCUUACGCGGCCAGAGCGCGUGGUUGUGCUGGGUGCCACUUUUGACACAACAUCUGAAGGUACUGCUUCCGCUGGAGAUGGUACGCUAAUGAAGGAAGCUUUUCGGGCACUCUUCAUCACUCCGCCUCCCGCGCGAAUCCUCUACAAUCUGGAAGUGCUGGAAGCGAUGCUUCUACCUGCGACGGUUAUUCCACCACCGGCCAUUGAUGACGGAGUACCCUUUGGAGGAGAAUUCGCUCUAGAAAAAUACGUUGGCAAUGCAGAGGUUGUUGGUAUGGAUGCUACAAAGUUAAUGGCUUUAUUGGAGUUUCAGUAUGCUUGGAUCGGGAGUGGCGUGGCGUAUCAGGUGGUGGGACUACUGACGGAACCAGCGUUUCUCACUCUGGGCGGCGCCGAUAGUCACACAAAGCGUGCCAUCUUUCGAUGUGUGGUGCGGUUAGUGAGGUUUUUGCUGUAUACGCUCGGCUACUUGCGCAACAUACAGACGUUCUAUUUGCUGCGGAGAUUUAAAGGGCUUCACGGUGCGCUGUGGGGUGGAGAGCAGACUUUGAAGGCGUUUGCAAAGCGGCUCUCCACCUAUAUCUGGGAGGCUGUAGAUGGGCCCGACGGUAGCGGCUACGCGUUGUUUGAUGAAAUGUUCUACAACGAAUGGAGGUAUCCGGAGGUUGAUAGCAUGAAAAGCAUCAUGGAAGUUGCGUUACGUGCCGCAAACGGUUGGUGUGCGACUAGCGACGCCGAUCCGUGGAAUGUUCAGAUUCCGAAUCCAGGGUCUGGAGCGAAGGUAGAAGUUGAAAUGGAAGCAACACCGGCGACGACGGAAAAGAGCGUCGAUGGGCCAUGUUCUGAGGCAGGCACUAAUUGUAAAAUAAGUACUGAAGGCGUAGAAGAAAAUGCAGUAGUAGUACCUCCGGAAAAAGAAAUGAGCGAAGAAAACAAACGACGUAACAGCAAUAGUAGCGUCGGAAGUUGCAGCAGCAAUAGUAGCGGUAGCAGCAGCACUAAUAGCAGCGAGAGCAGCAGUGCGCUGUUGAACAAGACAGGAAAUGGAGUGACAACAUUGCAGCCACCAGUAGCCGCUGUAAUCGAAUCGUCCCCGGUCAGCUACGAGGUGUGUCAGAUGGCGCUGGAGGUGUUAGCCCUUGCAUUCACCCUCAACGACAGUGCGAUGGUGAAGCUUGUCUCCGAGACCAAUCUCUGGGACAGCUUUUUGCUGUCACUGUUGGUAGUAAACCCGUGCGCUAGGAUUCGCUCGAUCGCCCAUGAACAGCUACUGACUAUGUUGACGGAUGGAGAUCACAUCGUGUUGAGCGAAAAGACGAUCGCUAAGAUGCGCACCAUCUGGGAACAGUUGGACCACAACGCGGAAACUAAUGCCGAUUUCCUGCAGCUGUUUGCGAAGCUGGUGCAGUACAACAGCCGACAUCCGAUGUUUCCGAUCAUCAGCAACAGUUCACUGCUGCACGACGAGAUCAAGUGGCUUUACUGGGUGAAGGCGAAUGUGGCCAAGCAUGGGAAAACCUUUGUGCACGAGGACAUCCUGGAGGGACAUCUCUGUUUGACGCGAGCCCUCGUCUACACGGAGGAGCAGCGAAGGAGACCAUUGCUAGUGCCACUACUGAAGGAGUUUGUGUUCAAGGCGUCAUUUCAGUACAUCGAUUUCCGGCGCCAGAAGAUAAUCAACUUUGCGGAAACGCCGCCGGUGUGUCGCAAUCCCAAAACGAUUUCGGCGGCCCUGGAGCUAUUGGUGGAGCUGUCGCAUGGGUCGAUCGAAUUCACUCGCAUCGUCGCCGAGAAACUGAACGAUAUGUUUUUUGGCGAUAUCGAGCCGGUGCGAGAAUGGGAAUAUCUUCCUCCCGAUGCUCCUCGAGCGGCGCAUGGAUUCUGCGGGCUAAAGAAUGCUGGUGCUACGUGCUACAUGAAUUCAGUUCUACAACAAUUGUACAUGGUACCCGCUCUGCGCAACGGACUGGUGAUCGUCCACAACGCGGUCACAAAUGAGAAUGAAGAUUUCAACGAAGAGCAAGAUGGACAGUCGAUGGCCGUUGCACACAAAGAGGACGACGGAGGCAAAAACUAUCAUAUUGGAAUUCUGAAGUAUGUGAUGGUGAUUUUCGGCUAUCUUGGUCAUAGCGCAUUGCAGUAUUAUGUACCUAGAGGAUUAUGGAAACAUUUCAAGUUGCAAGGAGAACCAGUAAAUUUGCGCGAGCAGCAAGACGCGGUCGAGUUUUUUAUGUCACUUUUUGAAAGCAUAGACGAGGGUCUGAAAGCGCUGAACUGCAAGCAACUGAUGGCGGCCACGCUUGGUGGUUGCUUUAGCGAUCAGAAAAUCUGUCAAGACUGUCCGCACCGGUACAGCAAAGAUGAACCGUUUAGUGUACUUAGUGUUGAUAUUAGAAAUCAUAGCUCGCUAACGGACUCGCUGGAACAGUACGUUCGGGGCGAGAUACUGGAAGGUGCCGAUGCGUACCACUGUGAUAAAUGUGAUAAAAAGGUCGUAACAGUAAAGCGGCUGUGCGUAAGCAAACUGCCGCCCGUAUUAGCAAUACAGUUGAAGCGGUUCGAAUAUGAUUAUGAACGGGUGUGUGCUAUCAAAUAUAACGAUUAUUUCGAGUUCCCGCGUGUACUCGACAUGGAACCGUAUACAGUAUCUGGUUUAGCUAAGCUGGAGGGAGAGGUGAUCAAUGUUGAACCAAAGCAAGAAGAUCAAGGUUCCACCCGCUAUCAUUUGACGGGAAUUGUUGUGCAUAGCGGACAAGCAUCAGGGGGCCACUACUAUAGCUAUAUUCUGCACAAGGAUUAUGCCAGUGGAAAGAAAAAGUGGUACAAAUUCGACGACGGUGAGGUAACGGAAUGCAAGAUGGACGACGACGAGGAGAUGAAAGCACAGUGUUUCGGUGGUGACUACAUGGGCGAGGUAUACGACAACAAUCUAAAGCGCAUGCAGUACCGAAGACAGAAGCGCUGGUGGAAUGCGUACAUGUUGUUCUACACGCGAAACGAUGUUUAUUACGCCAAACCGCCGAAGAAUGCGUUCUGGUGGCGCAAGCCUCCGGCAUUUUCCUGGUUACAGCAAAGCCCGAUUGUUGAAUCGCUUUCCUAUGCGCAGAGCGAGCACUACUGUUUCGAUAUGGCAGUAGGCAUUGAACGCAGUGUUCGGAGCCAGAACUUGCGGUUUCUUCACUCGAGAAUGCUGUUUUCGGCAGAAUUUUUCACCUUCAUGAAAAAGCUCACCGAGUUCCCCGACACAACGCGAAGAACGCUUCCGAACUGGUUGCCGAAGUGGGACGAAAUAUGCUUACUCAAAGUGCAGCUGGCAUCGCAGUUUCUCUUUCACUCCGGCUUCAAAACUAAGAAAACUAUCCGGGGACAAGUGAUGGAUUGGUACGAAAUAUUCCGCGAUCACCUGGAAGAAACGGCUGUUAUAAGACAGUGGUUCGCACGAAAUGUUCUGCUGGACCCUCCGAGCCGAUUGUGCGAGUAUCUGUUGGCUGCUCCACUUCCCGAUAUACGUUCCUGUUUCGCCAAGUUGAUUGUCUCAUUCUGUCACUAUUCGGCAAAGGAUGAUCCGCUGCCUGACUACGAAGGGUCUAAUCUUUGCGAGCAGGUGCUAAUCGCCGUGCUUGCCUUGCUGAAAUCAGACGUGCCGGAGCACGGCAAGCAUUUACCGCACUAUUUCAGCCUAUUUUCAAUGUAUGCAGGCCUGGGCUAUCGCGAAAAGUGUCAGCUAAUCAAGCUGAACGUCCCUGUGCUGUUUAUGCGGAUAGCGAUGGACGAUGGAACCGGUCCGACAAUAAAGUAUCAGUACCCGGAUCUUAGUAAACUGCACCACGUCGUGUCGUUGUUGGUACGCUCGAUGGACAUUUCGUCACGAUGCCGCAGUGCAAUUAAUGGAUCGCCACCACUACAAAACAAGUACGGCGAGCAUCGGUUCGCGGAGGAAGGAGCAAGAAAGUUUACGCUGAUUCCCAUGCCGGAAGAGUGUAUUGAUUACCUAUACAAUCGAACUGGUUACGUGAAACGAUUGCUCGAAGAUGUGCAUAUUGGCGAGGAAAGCUUCAAGCUGCUGCAGUACAGCUGCUGGGAGAAUCCCCAUUUUUCUGGCAUCAUACUAAUGGAGCUGCUGUACCAGUGCGAUUACGUUUACUGGCACGACAUGAAACACUACACCGAUCUGCUGCUGCACAUUCUGCUGAUCGAAGACUCGUGGCAGGGACAUCGAAUCAUGAAUGCUUUGUUGGGUGUCGAUCAUGACAGGGACGGGUUGUUGGAGAUUAUAAGGCGCAGCAAGUUGAACUACCAGAAACGUGCCUACCAGUGUAUCAAAUGCAUGGUGCAUCUGUUUACGAAAAGCUCAGUCGCACUGAACAAGCUACAUACGUGCGCACCCCUAGCCAAACAGUGGACACUGGCCAUCGAGUGGUUACAGGAGGAGUUGGAAAAGCAUCGCACUACCGGCAACAGUCAAUAUAACUACAACUCCUGGUCACCGCCCGCCCAAAGCAACGAGAAUACCAAUGGGUUUUUGCUGGAAAAAUCACAGUCCGUUCGUGACAUUCUUCAGAUGGCGUUCGAUUUGUGUCCGGAACCAGAGGUCCAUGAACCGGAAGCGUCGGCGGAACAGCAACCGACGACGACGGUCCAGGAUGGGAACGAUUUCAACCCUCUUGGCGAUCGCGAACCAUCGUCUGUGGUAGAAAUUGAGGCCCAACAAAAACAACCUGCUUCCUCUUCGUCCUCCCUGGCACCGUUGGUGGCAGUAGUGUCCACCGUUGGAGCUGAUCCUGCCUCCUCUAUGCCGCGAACCGUCGUGAAAAGCGCGCGUGAUAGGUUCACACCGAACCCCUCCGUGACACGGAGGUUCUUAGCGGAGAGCGAUACGAGGUAUCGUCAAGACGUGGAUAAUCAAAAUGGACCGAGUGUUGGUGUGAGUGGUGGUGGUACCGGAGAGAAAGUGACCGGUUCGGGCAUAAAACAACUCACUGCAGUGAUGUCCAGUAUUGAUAUUAACACUGAUGGAAGCACAUCCGAGAACAGAGAAGGAAUCAAGGCGCCGCCGUCGGUCGCUGCAAAUACCUCAUCAUCAUUAGCGACAGUAACGGGAUCAGUGGCACCGGCAGCCCCUGAACCUUCGCCGUCAUCCUCCUCUUCGUCGCCGGCGAACUCCUCUUCGUCUUCGUCAGUCUCAGCAACGUCGACAACACUGGCGAAGAAGGACCGUCCGGGCGGUGGUACCGGCGAUGGACAGUCCUGUGCCAGUUAACAGGAACAGAAAAGCUACAUUUGAAGCACUCGUGGGAAACCCUUGCACGGGUGGUGCAGAGAAACAGUCGCCGCUGGCUAGAGCAUGAUGCGAGUUGAUAACGAUAUUGACAGUAGAUAAUGUGAACGUUUCGUUCCGAGAGGUACGUGAAGCACCGGGCAACGUGGUGGAUUUGAGCGACACAGACAUCUAGCAAGAAAAAAAGAAGGGAACUGACUUUCUCUGUAGUUAGUAGUUUUUGUCUUUUUGUGCUUGCUAUUACUCGAAAGGAGACACACCAUCUGGCAAGAAUGUAAUUUGUAUCUGUUAUAUUAUAACUAGAAAAAAACAAAUUAUGGAAAAAUAUAAAACUAUACCCACAUCAGCUGCUGGAACGACGAAGCAACUGGAAUACAUAAACAAUGGGCAGAAUAAAAAUGCACACAUACACAGCAAAGGAAGAAAACAAUUAGUUUAGAGGAACGCGACCUUCUUUUCUCAACUCAAUGCGCGAAUGAUUACUUGAGGUUCUUGAGGCUUGAGGUUGAAGAAAUCCUGAAGUUUUGAGCUAACGUUAGCUUACUGCCGUUACUAGUCACAUUGAAUGGCGUGAGAAGCAUAGGGGAAGGAAAUAAACAAACUCACACUUUGAUAUAGAAUCGAAGGGAUGUAAAAUCGGAUCUAGGGCAUGAUAAACGUGAAAGGGUCGAGAAACAAAACAGGUUAAUCAAACCAUACGCGUUAUGAUAGUACUGGAACUAGACUUUUUUGCGAAGGCGGUGGUGGUGCUUGGUUGGAUUCAGUGUACCCCCCCGGGCGAAUUAGCGAAGAAACGGCAUGAUUGUCACUUGUAAGCUUCUGUAUUUAUUUUAUUUUAGGUAAUGACGACUUUCAACCGUGGAUGUUUCCGCUGUUUUGUGGUUCACGCCAUCACACAUGAGUUCUAUAAGUCCCGGUUCGGUUGUGAAAACAGAGGAGGAAAACUGGUCGCUUGAAUUUCUCAUGCCACAUUUCCAAAGCCAUAGCUUUAAACUGAUUUUCCUCGCUUGAACCUUCCGCCUUCAGUAUAGACGAGAGUUGAGUGGAUACGAUUGAACAGGAUACUAACAGCUCUGAACAACAGGGGUUCACAGAAGUAGAACAAGAGAAGAAAACUCAAACACUUACACGCAUUCAACUACACACACCGACAGGCAAACACACACUUACUACAUGCUACAAUAAAUUAAAAAUAAAUUU